AUCAAAGGGAAAUGAGAGACUUUUCAGUAAGGAUCCGGGACUGCGGGUUGAGCCGUCAAAAGAGGGACUGUCCCGCCAAAAUCCGGACAGUUGUGAGGAGAUCAAAGGGAAACAAGGAACUUUUCAAUGAGAAUCUGGGAUUGUGGCCUGAGCUGGUACAAUCGGGACUGUCCCGUGAACAACUAGGAGAGAAGUUGAAUCCCCAAUGCUCUUUAAAGAAUUACGUUGUAAAUUCUCAUCUGUACCAGUCUGGGGACAUUAUAUUGGGAGGAAUAAUGCAGAUUAGUGCUGAUAAAGAUCUAAUGCAACUUGAUAAGAUACCACUGGAGAUGGAUCCAAAGUUACAGUCUAUGUAUCUGUAUCUUGAUUCUUACCCUCACUAUCUGGCACUCAAGUUCGCCAUAGAAGAGAUAAACGGAAGAGCUGACAUUCUGCCCAACAUCACCCUGGGAUAUAUGGUGUAUAAUACAAGGGGAAUAGAAAGAGGAUCAAUGAGGGGUGUCAUGUCAAUACUGUCAGGAGGGAAGGAAUUAGUUCCUAAUUAUAAUUGUGAGAGGAGGGGAAUCCUGGCUGGUUUCAUUGGAGAUCUGACAUCUGUCUCUUCCAACAUAAUCUCCCUCCUCACUGGGCUGUACCAUUACCCUCAGGUACCGUACUGUGACUUUCUCCCCUCACUGGGCCGUACCAGCAUGGGCUCCGAUGCUCAUGUGUCCAAGGCUUCGGCCAAUGAACAGCAUGGUCCAUAUCCCAAGUUCAUUAAGGACCUUGCCUGCAAAAACAAGUUUACCCAAUACCAACUCGAUCUCCCGUAG